GCUCUGCCUAUCGUUUUUUCGGUUUUGCUUUGCUCCGCUGUUCGCGUUAUUUUUAGCCGCCUUUUUUCGCCGAAAAUCUUUUUUUUCGUGGCUAAGAAUUCCGGAAUUGCUACCAAAUCCGACCGGUUGGUAAAUCACCAACACACGCAACUAUUUAAGGUGACAUCAACGGCCAUCCGGUUUUCCGGGUGAUUGAUUUUUGGGAGUCUUGAGACCCACGCAGCGCUAUUGAAAUGAGGCUGCUCUACGCGUUUCUUCUGAUUUUGGCCGUACGUUUGGCAUCAGUUUUCGUGGUCCAAACCUAUUACGUUCCGGAUGAGUACUGGCAGAGUCUGGAGGUGGCCCACAAACUGACCUUUGGAUAUGGCUACCUGACUUGGGAGUGGGUUCAGGGCAUUCGCAGCUAUGUGUAUCCCCUGCUGAUUGCCGGACUGUACAAAAUCCUGGCCCUCUUGCAACUGGAUAGUGCUCAACUUCUGGUAGUGCUGCCCAGAGUUCUGCAGGCCUUACUAUCAGCCUACUCCGAUUAUCGCUUCUUUGUGUGGACUGGCAAGCGAAAGUGGGCACUGUUUUUGAUCCUGGUUCCCUGGUUCUGGUUCUACACAGGCUCCCGAACUCUGGCCAAUACUUUGGAGGCCUCUCUGACCACAAUUGCCUUGAGCUACUUCCCUUGGUAUACUGAAUCCACUGGCUAUCUGUGGCCAGCUGCCAUCUGCUGCUUCCUAAGACCCACUGCGGCGGUGAUUUGGCUUCCAUUGUCCCUAUACCAUCUGCGCAAGAGUCGCCAGAAUGUGCUGGAGUUGAUCCUCAAACGAUUUGUGCUUAUUGGCUUACUUGUUGCUGGUCUCGGAAUUGCCAUCGAUACUUACUGGCAUGGUCAGUUGAUAGUGACCCCGUACGAGUUCCUCAAGUACAACAUCUUCAACAACAUCGGCAGCUUCUAUGGCUCACAUCCUUGGCACUGGUACUUCACCGUGGGAUUGCCCACAGUUCUGGGAAUCAAUACCUUGCCCUUCAUCUUUGGCAUUAUCGAAACUGUGAGGAAGUCUAACAAGUAUCCAGUUAGCAAACAGCUCUUGAUUACCAUAUUUUUGACUCUGGUGGUUCUGAGUGCCGUGGAACACAAGGAGUUCCGCUUUGUGUCCUCGCUGCUGCCCCUCUGUUUGUAUGUCAUCACGGACGUCUUAUCCCGCUGGAGUUACAGAGCCUCAAGCACCAUGUUGUGGACCACGGCCUUGGUGAUCCUAGUAGGCAAUGUCCUGCCCGCCUGGUAUUUGAGCACAGUCCACCAGAAGGGACCCAUUGAGCUGAUGCCCAAGUUGAGGGAGAUCGCCCAGGAAUACCGGGAUGAACGCGAACAUCAGGCGAAUAUUCUCUUCCUGAUGCCAUGCCACUCUACUCCAUAUUACAGCCACAUCCACCAGAAUGUCACCAUGAGGUUCCUAACCUGUGAACCAAAUCUGGAGAAGAAGGAACAGUAUAAGGACGAGGCCGAUCGCUUCUUUGAGGACCCCGUGCACUGGAUCAACUCCCAUAUACCCGUGCAUCCACUCACCGCUUUGCCCAGCCAUGUGGUUCUGUUCGAUCCGCUGGCCGAGAACAUCAGCGUCUUCCUCCGCAACUACCGGCUGCUCCAUCGCAUCGAGCACGCAGAGGUAAAACGGUUGGAGGGCUCGCAGGCUCUGGUGGACGAGUGGUCGCAGGCACUGGGCGCCCAGUCACCUAAUCUCGCCUCUUUAUUGCAGCACCGCCAAUCGCGCACAGGUCGUUCCAUUUUGGUUUACCAGCGCUUGAAAAAGGGCGAGGAGAAUGCAUUUAAUCGUGGUGCGGAUGAGGAGCAGCAGGAGCAGGAUGUCCACGAUCAUCCGCCGCUGGAAGAUCUCCCUUUGGCCAAUGAGAACCUGUUCAAUUAGACGCUAGAGCAAAAGAAACGAAGCCCACCACACCUCAGACCUCCGUUUGAAAGCAAGAAGCAAUGAAACUCUAAUAUUAACAUAAAAAUACAAAAAGAAUAUUUUGUAUAAA